AUGAGCCCAUCCCUAUCCAUGGACUUUUCCCAAAUGGGGGCACCGGAGGGGCCGGGGAGUGUGCUACAAGCGGGGUUGAACCUCAUGUUCGAUGCGUCUAUAGGGAUAACGUCGGAGUAUGCGGCUAUGAGGAGCCGUAGCACGUGGUCCGUGCAGCUAACGAGGGUUUCUGCGGAGAGUAGUAACAACUGGGAGGUGGGGUUUGGGGAGCUUAGACGUUGCGCGGCCGCGGGCGGGGUUGUGGGGAUCGCGGUUGUGGGGAGUAAAGGGGAGGGGAGCAAGGGGGAGGGGGGGAAGGGGGAGCGGGGGGAGCGGCCGAGUUCUCGCGGGGGGAAGGGGGAGGGGCGGAGUAGCAAGAGCAGCAGCGCGAAGGAGGGUGGGGGAGGUAGUGCAAGAGAGGGUGGUACCAGCAGCAGCAGCAGCAGCAGCACGAGAAAGUCGGGGGCAAUGACGGGGAUAGUGACUCGGAAGAAGGACGGUACUCAUAGUGUGAUGAUUGCGCGGGGCGGCAGCGGGUCAGCAGUGGACCUUAAGAGCAGAAAGCACGACAUAGGAGGUGCAAAAGCUGGAGGAGGAGGCGGGGAAGGGACGGAAGGAGGGGCACAAGAGGGCGCGGAGCCGCAAAAAGAGGGUGAGGCUCCGAAAGAAGGGGGCGAGAGGAAAGGCAGGGAGAAAAUCAAAGGGCAUAUUCAGGCCCGAGCGCCCUCAGGGUUAUCCUGGGAGGACGAGAUUGCAUCCCAGCUAGCGGCAGUGGGCGUUAGAGUAGCCCCUAGCAGGACUGGCGACGACAGUAGUAGCACCGACGAUGACGAUGACAAGAAGAGCAAGGACGGGCGGAAAUCCGGGAUCGACCAAUCGCCGCGCGCCGUGUCAGCGGUGUACGGGUCGCAGGCGAGCAGCAUGGGGGCGAGGAAACCCAAGGGGCCGACGACGUCAGUGUUUGAGAGGAAACGGCCGGAGUAUACCCGGUCCCCGUCCGACCUGCACAGUGACCAUGGGAGGGCGAGCAGCGGAGGAAGUGUGGGUCGGGCGUCUGGACUGGCCGGGCUGGGGCGGCUUGCGAGGGGGUUAAAGAAGACGUUUAACAUUCAGGGCGAUCAGCAUGCGAGCUGA